AUGCCACCCUCCGAGUAUGUCACAUCCAGAUUCCGGGAGCUCACUUCUCGCAACCUCCCGUAUCUUGUUGCGGUGGACGAUAAUAGUCAGAUUGUCGGCUACUCAUACGCGUCAGCUUUUCGAGGUUACAUGAUAGGGUAUGGUCAUACAGUGGAAAUCAGUCUCUUCUGUCAUCAGGCCCAUACGAACAAAGGUAUCGGCAGUCAAAUGAUCAAGCGGCUGAUCGAACUGCUUCGCACCGCUCGACACCUCACCCGAGAGAUUGGCGAUGAUGAACACCCGCUGGAAUCCGACGUGAUAAAAGUGAUGGCGAUCAUGGCGGUUGACGAGACUGCUCCUGGCGAGGGCCUGGCUCUACGUGACUGGUACAAGAGAUGA